UUGGUUUUUUUUUGGUUUUUUCAUUUUAUUCACUCUUUGGUCAUGGCUCUUCCUGGUUUGUCGUCGUCGUCGUCGUCUUUGUCUUCGUCAUCACCACCAUCUUCUUGCAAGGUGGAUGAUAGGGCACAACGCCAUGAACGCAACACCCAACUAGACAUUGCAUCAUCCUCCCCAAAGAGAGCUAGGCUUCAUUUAGACAUCAAGAGACUAGAUUCUUACAUGCCUUCUUCUUCUCCUCGUUCUUCCUCGUCUUCGCCUUCUCCCCACGUCUCCCUCUCUCCCACUGCCAUGGACUUGCCGCCGCCAUCAUCAUCAUCACAAGAGCAACAGUCGAUGACAGCUGCUGCAACACCAACGAUAGCAGCAGCAGCAACUCCAAGCAGCGCUGGUGGGAAUAAUGGUGGCGCUCCGCUCUAUCCCCACCGGAUGCUGCCUCCCGUCCUCUUUCAUCCUUCUCAACCGCCCCUCCUCCCACAACCACCAUCUCAACAACAACAACAACAACAGCAAACAUCACACUCGCAACCGCCAGAACAACACCAACAACAAGAGUAUCAUGGGAGUAACUUGUCGGACAUGUACCAUCAUCACCAUCCCUCACCACACCAUUCCCACAACUCCCCGUAUCACACGUCAGAGCCCACAAGCGCUCAUGGAGGAUCGCCGCAUCUACCCUUUCCCCCGCCCCUGCCUUACAAUACACUGCCCACCCCACAUCAGUCCCCUGGAUCUGGUUAUUAUCCCUCCUUUCAUGGGACCUCGGCGCACGGUCCGCCGCCGCCGCAAGCGCAACCGCCGCGCCUAAACUAUCUGUUGCAAAAUCCGUCCUUUCGCCCAUCCUUUCAGCAACCACCUUCACCACAGCCACCACAACAUCAGCAACAAGAACAGCACCAUCACCACGCACAUCGCCAACACCAUCAUCAGCCAAGUUACCACUCUUACAGCAACAACCACAAUAAUGCCAUCUCUUCGCAGCCGCAGAGUCCUGCCGGUUCAGAAUCGUCUCUAGCCAGUCCAGGUCCAGGAAGUGCACUGGUUGGGCACGGUCCGCGAUUCCCUCCCACUCCUCCUACACAAUCCCCGCUGUCGGUCCAAUCACCCUCCGUUCCGCUCUUGUCUCCAGGCUUGUACGCUCAUCCGUCGGGUGGCUAUGUGCACAUUCACGGUCCACCACAACAACCGACCGCUGAACAACAACAACAGUCGUCCACGAUGGAACAUGCCCCGCACAUGCAAUCCAUGCAUCACCAUCAUCAUCAUCAGCAGCAUCAUCAUCAUCAAGACUGGCGACCACCGUCACCCAAUAGGAUACAUCCAGAAGAGCGAACUCAUUCGCCCAUGAUGAUCUCUGAGCAGGAUGGACGCAUGCCACCACCGCCUCCCCAACACAACUACGUGCAGCCGUAUACUGACGCUAUAUCCGACAUGGACAAGCAGCAAAGGAUGUUUAAAUGUCCUACACCAUACUGCUCAAAGAUUUACAAGAAUGCAAACGGACUGAAAUACCAUCUUGAGCGGGGAUCUUGCGAAAUGGAAUGGGCAUCUGGGGACGAGUACGCCGAUUUGUCCAUGCUCAACAUUAAGGUGGCCCAUCGACCGUACUGGUGUCGCGUAGCCGGGUGCGGCAAAAAGUACAAGAAUCUGAAUGGCCUAAAGUACCAUGCAAAGGCCGCUCACCCAGAGUUGGAUUUUGGAAAAGAGGUCAAGGGGCAUUUGCGAUGGUAGUGUUUGGACGCGGUCAUCUAUUAGAGUGUGGCUUCGAUGGACUCGGCGAGGGGAGCGGAACCGCCCUCGUCCGACGUGACCCGACCGCGAGCCGACACUGUUCAAGUGUUGUGUUUUUGGUUACCCUGGCAGAGACAUGCAAAAAGUGCACAAGGGCGGAGACGGCUGUAUGCGCCAGGUGGUUAAUUUUGACAGACCUUUAAAUUGCUAGAUAUCUCACGUUUUAUUAGCUUUUACCCCCACUUUUAGUUUUUUCUAGAAAGAGCUAGUUUAUGCUCGAUAUACUUUAGACUUUAAUAGUUGAUAAACAGUGUAGUGUUUUAUGGUUUUUUUUUUGCGAUUAGGUAGAGUUUUAAGCCAAGAAAAAUAAUAGUAUCUGUUUUAUAGUCUUUGACAUGGCA